AGCAAGAUAUUUCGGUCUGGACCGGCAGCCGGGGUAAGAUUCAUAUGAAUAUUCUUUGCACUCUAUACUUUAAUUUUAGUUGUAUUAAUUGAAAAUGAAUGUGAAAAUAUUUAUCGAACAAAAAUGACUGUCAGAUUUAUAGUAUUAAUUACAUCAAAUGGAGUUUGGCUUUCAAAAUUAAGAUAUUCCCUUUUGAAAAAGGUUAGAUUAUUUAUUAUAAGUAUUUUUUCAGAGUAGGAUUAAUACAAAUGUACCAGGAAAAUAUUGCGAGUUAUUAUUAUUUCUACUUAAAUAGCUAUAUUGAUACAUUGUUAAAAUGUACUAUACAAAUACCUUUAAAAGGUGACUAACUGCGUAACAAGUUCAUUCGCAUUGAUCAAUACAAUCUUUCUUUGUUUAUAUUUUUGACAGGUUUGUAUUUAAAACGUUACCCGAUCCAAAUGUGUCAACCUUCCCGAGCUAUUUUUGACUUCUUGACAGAAGGAAAAGUGUUAAAAAGGAGAUCGAAUUAUAACUAUAUGUUCACAGAAUUAAUACUUGAGGCAAUAUAAGAACCGGAACCAUUUUUUUUCGUUUUAAACUUAUAGAAGGUCUCUUUAUCGUUUAUCAGGGAUUAUACUAUGUUUUUAAAGAAAAUAGUAUCAUAACAUAAAUAUAGAGUAAUUUUGGGUAAUAAAAAUUUGAAAUUAAAUGAUUUCUUUAAUUAAAUUUGUAAAAUUGACGAAACAUAGCUAGGUCAAAUUGGCAAAUGUUGGGCGUGACAAAUUUCAUCUGAAUAUUUAUUAAUUUGUGAUAGAUUUAAGGAUGGGAGAUGGACCAAAUAUUCACCCUAGCAGACCCCAACGUCACACAGCGAAGAGUGAUCAGCGUUUUGACGCCGGCAGACGUAUCGUGAUUAAUACAUUUAACGCAGACAACUCACGUGGUGAAUCAACAGAUAAUAUAGAAACUGAGAAAAAGAAACAAGAAAAGGAUGAUAAAAAUGAACGUGAUACCAGUAAAAAUGGUUUAUAUCCAAAAGAUGAGAUAAAAAUUUUAAAACAUUGGGGACUCCUCAAGAAAACACUGCAUGUAGGCAAUAUUAUUGACCCUCUGAUAGAAAAAGGGAUUGUUACACCAGAGAAGUGGAUGGAAUUGAAAAGAAGUCACAAAACUGACCAGGAUAGCGUCGAGGAAUUCUUGUAUUUGCUUUUGAACUGUAAGCACGAUGCGUAUGAUGUAUUUCUGAAAGUAUUAAGGUCACGUGGUUACGGUCAUUUAGCAAAUCAAUUAGAAGGAAUGCAUUCAGGUGAUCUUAGUCCAAAGGUGUCUGUUUCCUCUGAAGGUUCAAAUCAAAGCAGCCGACAAAUAGGGCGUCCACCUAAUAUCAGCAAUAAAACAAUUCCCCGUCAGGGUGUUUCAAUUGUUAUACCCGACCCACGGAAUGGAGUGGCCGGUCCUGACAAGAAUGUUAAUGUGCCAUCUGCUCUACCAGAACACGAGGCUGUUUCUAUAACAACUAAUACCAGACACAACACCGUUAAACCCGAGGAUUUACAUAGAAUGAAAGAAGAAAUUACAGUUGAACUACGAGAACUAAGGGCAAACAUCGAGAAGGACCGCGAUGAAGACCGACUGGAACUUCGCAUUUUACAACGCAAACACACGGAACUUAAGGAUGAUUUAGCAAAGACUAAGGGUGAUAAAGAACAACUGAAAACUGAACUUACCUUUGUAACGGAGACCGUAAAGGUCCUCAAAGCUCAAAUCGAUUUGAAACAAGCCGAAUAUGAUCAGGUGAAAGAGAAAAAUAAAGAUUUAGAGAAACAAUUGGAGAGACGGUCUGGUCACCUUGAAAGACUUAUAAAAGAAAAAGAAAAGGAGAAGAACGAGUUGGUGAAAACAUUAGAAACAAAGGAAGGAGAGUACAAACAACUACAGAAUAUGUUGGAAAGAUUGAAAGAAGACCACGAGGACAGACAUGCUCGAUUAAAGGGUUUAACAAAGGACAAAUUCACAUUAGAGAAAGAAGUUCAACAUUUGAACAAAGAGAAGAAAAACUUAGAGGUGAAGAUCAAAUCGCUCGAGCAGCAUAUACGAACACUCCAGGAAAAACACGCCCGUGAGACAGGUGACAUUAAAGACGAGCUAGUGAAACAGAAAACGCUCCUUGAUGAGAAAGAAAAAGAAAGACUCGAUCUCGAAAAGAAACUUCAAGAAAGCGUUCUUGAGAAUGAGAAACUGAAGAAAACCAAUCUUGAUCUCGUUGAGAAUUUACAGAAAACUAAAGAAGAAAAGGCACAUCUGCAGCAAAAGCUUCACAAAGCAGAUAUGACGAAAUAUGCACUUCCUCCAUUUUUAGCGGGAAGUAGAUCCACGCGCACAGGAUGGAAUCCUAAAAACUUACGUAGAUGAAAUAUUGUCAACAUAGACAUUUUGAUUGCUUUGUUUUGAUUAAAAUGAACUGCAGAACCGAUUAUCGGUUUAACUCUCAUAUUUUAUGUUAAUGUACAUUGUUUCCAAAUUUUUGCUUUUAUCCAAGAUGAAAUAAUUUUACCUGUCAGUAACCCUGACAUAUUCUUAAUGCCCAAUGAUUCAAUUGUCAAUUCUACAAACGCCUGGCGAGAAAAAGAUAAUAGUUAUGUAUAGUUGUUGCACUGUUUGGCCCUUCAAGGAUCAGUUAUUCUAAUACAUGUAUUGUAUGUUGAAGACCGAAUAUUGCUUUAGUCGGUGCUAAGGGGCAUUGGACAUGUUACAAUUUCUUUUCUCAGAUGAAAAAAAAACAACAACAAAAAAACGACUACUAUUGUUUUUUUUCAUUUAAUAUAUUUAGUGGUUCAAUGCUUCCGACGAAUGUCCCACUUAUGUGAUGAUGUAAAUUCAUAACAGACGGAAUGUUGUACUUCGUGCUAUUUUUCGUUAGUUCUGUUAAAUGAAGAAAUAAUGAAAACCAUAAAUGUACGGAACAUUCCUAUAUGAAACUUAGUGCGUUUUUCUAUAUUCGAGGACUUCCUUUACAAGUAAAGCUGGAAAGUCGCCCUAAAACCUACACUGUGUUGGUACGAUGUAACCCUACCAUAUCCCCCCAAAUAAAUAAAUA